CCAAUCAGGGGCCGGCAACGUGCUCCGAAGCGCUGUAUACAAUUAAAUCACGUGAGCCUAUUGAUGCCAAUGGUGGAAGAAACUUGUUCUUAUUUAUAGCCUUGAUGAUGGCUUUGGUAAAUUUUUGGUAAAAUUAUUUUGGGACAUUUAGUGUCGAAGUGUGUCGAGUAAGCGGGGGAUGCUUCGCGUGGAGCGUCUGCGGAACGUGUUCGCUGCUUUGGUUCGUUCCCGUUGCCACUCUUCAGUUGCCGAAGAAAGAGGGGGCAUUAUCCGAAACCCUGCCCCACGUGUCCACGUUUUGGAACCACAUCAUGCAACCAUGACCAGCCUCAAGUGCUACUCCAAGGUGUGGGAGGUGUUUGAGACUCCCAACAACAUCACCAAGCUGGCCCAGUGCAAGCUUUGCCAGAAUUUUCUCGCGUACCGCCAGAGCACCAGCAACCUGCGCAAACACAUCCGCUCCAAGCACCCGGCCGAGUUUGAGAAGCUCUACCCGCCCGACGAGGUCUCCUUCGCCAUCCAGCACCUGUCCACCAAGAUGGAGUCAGGCGACGGCGUGACCGAGGGCGUGCAGUACGUCUUCGAGACCAUUGACAUCCCGUCGGCCAGCAUCCUCACGGCCGCCACGCAGGCCACGGUGCACGCCGAGGCCGAGGCCGGGACCGUGGUGGUGGAGGCGAUCGAGGACAACGAGGAGGCAUCCAAGUCGGGCAAGAAGAGGAAGAGGCGCCUGCAGCAGAGUGUUGCGCAGACUUGCGCCAAGCGACUGACCUUCACAGGUCGCAUGGCGAGCCCUCUGGAGCAAGUACGAGGCAUCAUCCCUCCGCUCUCUCCCACAAAACACAAAGGCCAAGCCGGCCGCAUCGGAAUCGUGGGCGGCUCACGGGACUAUGCUGGAGCGCCGUAUUUUGCUGCCAUCUCUGCUUUGAAAGUGGGAGCCGACCUCUCCCAUGUGUUCUGCACGAAGGACACAGCGGUGGUUAUCAAGUCCUACAGCCCCGAGCUCAUCGUUCACCCAAUCCUGGACCACGAGAACAUUGGGCAGGAGAUGGACACAUGGUUGCCACGUCUUAACUCCCUGGUGGUUGGACCAGGGCUCGGCCGUGACCCCGAGAUCCUGGAGAAUGUCAAGAUUAUUAUUGAGAAGGCAAAGAGCAAAGGAAUUCCUAUUGUCAUUGAUGCUGAUGGCCUGUGGCUGGUGACACAGAACCCUGCUCUUAUACAUGGACACCGGUGCAUCAUCCUCACCCCCAACGCCAUUGAGUUCAACCGGCUGCAGCAGACGACUCUGGGAGAGGGCACGGCUGUGCAAGGGAACAAAUACGCGGCGCUCACGCAGCUGUGCCUCGCCCUGGGAAACGUCACCAUCGUGCAGAAAGGGCAGGAAGACCUGGUGUCCGACGGGGAGACCGUGCUCGUGUGCGAGCACGAAGGCAGCUACCGCAGGUGCGGUGGCCAGGGCGACCUCCUUUCUGGUGCCACGGGCAUCAUGGUUUACUGGGCCCUCGCCGCCAACCCCACUGUCUCCAACGGAGUGAACCCAACGCUGCUGGGGGCGUACGGAGCGUGCACUCUCACGCGGCAGUGCAACCGCCAAGCCUUCCUCAAGCACGGCCGCUCCACCACCACCGUGGACAUGAUUGCCGAGAUCGGGCCCGCCUUCCGCAUGCUCUACGGGGACUGAUUGCGCACUCCCGCCUGACCUCCCACCCCAUACUGCUCACCCAAGCACAUUGGGCAGCCCCUAUCAAACAGCAUAUUAAAUCUUUGCUUUUUUCUUUCACCGAGUAUAGAAAAGCACUAACCUGUGCUGUGUAAGGAUGACAUUCGGGGGUGAAAUGGUUUCGUUCAAAAUUGAAGUGCCACCCUUUCUAAGGAAAGUGUGAUGAUUAUUUAACGUGUAAUUGACAGACACAUUUUUUCCCUCCUACAAUAUAAACCAGAGCAUUAACGGCAGUGUUUCUCCAAUCGAAUUGAUACUGUGCACAAAUCCCACAGGAUGUGGCCAUGCUUAAUUAUAACUGACAGCAGGAUUUAAAACAUUCAAAUGGAUGAAGCAAGCAGUGCUAAUGGUAAGAGGGCACCCUUCUGAGAAAAUGAUGCCUUGAGUCUCGUUGUGUUGAAGGUGGGAGGGUGAGCUUGAUCAUUAGUGGAAAACUGAAAUAACCUGCAUCUACACAGCCGCUUUUGAGAGGUGCAGUUGUUUUUACAUAGAAGUAAACAGCAAUUCGGUUUGGAAAAUUAUGUUAAGGUUUUGCCACACCUUUAUCAACACUUAUGAUUUAAAUUUCGAUUUAAAGCUUUCGUGACUGCAGGGAUUCAUAUUAUUGGUCCUCUCAGUAAAAUCACGUAGAAGGGAAAUAAUAUUUGUAUUACUUUAUUUCCCUUCUACAUGACUUUACCGAAAGAACCAAUAAUACUUAUGUGCAAGAUGUGUUUGGGUGUGGUGAUUAAAUACACAAAAUGAUGGCUACGUGUUUAUAAUAUGCCAAACAAUGGGUACUAUUAAGGCUGUCUUAUAACCCAGAUUAAAAGUUGUACAAAACUGAAAAUAAAUGUUUUGAAAAUCUAA